AUGCCAGAACCAGUCAAAAAAAUAGUCUCUGCGUUUGUCAAGAAGCCAAAGACCCAGCAGGCAGAAGAAGGCUCCACUGUGGUCUUUGAGGCGGAGACGGAGAAGGUCGACGCAAAAACAAAAUGGCAGUGCAACACAAAGGAUAUCGCCGAUGGAGACAAAUAUGCCAUCAAAGCAGAUGGAAACAAGCACAGCCUCACCAUACAGUCUGUCACCAUGGAAGACGCCAAUGUCUACGCUGUGAUUGCCGGGGGGUCAAAGGUCAAGUUUGAGCUGAAAGUCAUACAGAAGCAAGCGCCCAAGACAGCAAAGAAAGAUGCAAAACCUCCAGUUGAUGCCCGUGUAGAUGGAGCAGGAGAUGCUUCGGUGUUAGGGGAACAGGCCCCGGCCCCGGCCCCAGCCCCGGCCCCUGACCCUGCCCCGGCACCGGCCCCUGCCCCAGCACCGGCCCCUGCCCCGGCACCAGGAUCCGCAGAACCCACAACCACCCCAGGAGAGACCACCGCAUCAACAAACGAUGCUGCUCCAGCUGAGGAUGGGCAGCCUCCAGACACCAGACAGGACCUGACUGGCCUCUUCACGGAGAAACCUCAGAGUGGACAGGUCACCUUGGGGGCGAACAUAACGUUUGUGGCUAAAGUGAACGCCGCGUCCCUGCUAAAGAAGCCCACCGUCAAGUGGUUCAAGGGGAAGUGGAUGGACCUGGCAAGCAAGUCAGGGAAGCACCUGCAGCUGAAGGAGGUCUACGACCGCAAUUCCAAGGUCUACACCUUUGAGAUGCACAUCAUUGAAGCCAAGCCUAACUUUGCUGGAGGUUACAGGUGUGAGGUGUCCUCGCGGGACAAGUUCGACAGCUGCAACUUUGAGCUGGCUGUGCACGAGGCGUGCACUGUUGAAGGGCUGGACAUCAGGACGGCCUUUAGACGCACUAGCACAGACGGGGACUCGGGAGAACUGGACUUCAGCGCCUUGUUAAAGAAGAGAGCCGUCCAAGUGAGCACAGGGCCCGAUGUGGAUGUCUGGGCGAUUCUCAGCAAAGCCCCAGCUACUGAGUAUGAGAAGAUCGCCUUCCAGUAUGGGAUUACGGACCUCCGAGGCAUGCUCAAGAGAUUGAAAAAGAUGAAAAAAGAGGAGAAAAAAAGUGCAGCUUUCCUCAAAAAGUUGGAUCCUGCCUAUCAAGUUGAGAAAGGACAUAAAAUCAAAUUAGCCGUGGAGGUGGCCAAUCCAGAUGUUGAAAUAAAAUGGCUCAAGAACGGACAAGCGAUUCAGCCAACUGGAAGCAAGUACAUCUUUGAGAGUGUCGGAAACAAGCGCUACCUGACCAUCAACCACUGCUCCCUGGCUGAUGACGCCAACUACACCUGCGUUGUAGGAGAGGAGAAGUGCACCACUGAGCUCUUUGUCAAAGAACCUCCUGUCCUGAUCCUGAAAAACCUAGAAGAUCAAAUGGUCAUGAAGGGAGAGCGGGUGGAGUUUGUGUGUGAGGUGUCAGAAGAAGGAGCCCAUGUGAAAUGGGAGAAAGAUGGUGUGGAGUUAACAAGGGACGAGUCCUUCAAGUACCGCUUCAAGAAAGAUGGCCAGAAGCAUGUACUGAUCAUUAACGAGGCCACGAAGGAAGACUGCGGCAAUUACAGAGUUAAAACCAAUGGGGGCGAGUCCAUGGCUGAGCUCAUGGUGCAGGAGAAGGAAUUUGAGGUCUACCAGAGCAUCGCUGACCUCACGGUGAAGGCGAAGGACGAGGCCGUCUUCAAGUGUGAGGUGUCGGAUGAGAGUGUGAAGGGCAUCUGGUACAAGAACGGCGUGGAGGUGAAGCCCAAUGACAGAACCCACAUCACCCAUAUCGGCAGGAUUCACAAGCUGACCAUCGACGACGUCAAACCCGAGGAUGAGGGAGACUACAACUUUGUGCCGGAGGGCUUCGCAUUCAGCCUGUCUGCCAAACUCAAUUUCUUGGAGGUGAAGAUUGAUUAUGUGCCACGCCAAGAUCCUCCCAAGAUUCACCUGGACUGUAUGGACCGCACUUCUGAGUCCACUAUAGUGGUGGUCGCGGGUAACAAACUCCGCCUGGAUGUCCCGAUCACGGGGGACCCGGCGCCUACUGUGGUCUGGACCAAAGGAGAGAGGGUGAUGGCAGAGGGAGAUGGCAGAGUCCAUGUGGAGAGCACUAAAGGCCAUUGUAUAUUCACCAUUGAGGGGACUGAGAGGCAGGAUGAAGGCGUUUACUCUGUUGUUGUUCGCAACCCUGCUGGGGAAGAUACUGCUGAUAUCAACGUCAAAGUCGUCGAUGUUCCAGAUCCUCCCGAGGCUCCCAGGAUCAUCAGUGUGGGAGAGGACUCCUGUAUUGUCCAGUGGGAUCCACCUCUUUUUGACGGCGGGCAGCCGGUCGUCGGAUACGUGCUCGAGAGAAAAAAGACGAAGAGCUACAGGUGGAUGAGGCUGAACUUUGACCCUUACCCUGAAACCACCUAUGAAGCCAAGAGGAUGAUUGAGGGCGUGGCCUAUGAAAUGCGAGUCUAUGCUGUCAACGCCAUCGGCAUGUCACGCCACAGUCCUGCCUCCCAGCCUUUUAUUCCAGUUGCCCCGACCAGUGAGCCCAUCGGACUGUGUGUGGACGACAUCAGCGAUACCUCCAUCUCGCUGAAAUGGAAGCCUCCCGAGAGGAUAGGUUCAGCUGAGCUGGAGGGAUAUGGGGUGGAGUACUGCAAGGAAGGGACCGAUGAGUGGUUGCCAGCUUUUGAGGGUCUGACAGACAGGACCUCGGUCACCGUCAAAGAUCUCACCACGGGGGAGAAGCUGCAGUUCCGGGUGCGGGCCUACAACAUGGCAGGACCCAGCGCUCCGGCCGGCCUGGCCCAGCCGGUCACCAUCCGGGAGAUCAUGCAGCGCCCGAAAAUUUGGCUCCCCAGAAACCUCCGUCAGACUCUGAUCAAGAUUGUUGGGGAAACCGUCAACAUUGUGAUUCCUUUCCAGGGUAAACCCAGGCCCAAGGUGACCUGGAGUAAAGAGGGAGAGGAGCUGAAGCCCACACAGGCCAGCGUGAGGAACAGUGAAACGGACACCAUCCUCUUCAUCCGCAGGACAGAGAGGGCGCACUCUGGGAAGUACGACGUCCAGGUGCAGAUCGAGAACGUGGAGGACACGGCGAGCGUGACAAUACAGGUUGUGGAUUUGCCAGGGCCCCCGGUGGCCCUGAAGAUCGUGGAUGUGUGGGGGUUUAAUGUGGCGUUGGAGUGGAAGCCCCCUAAGGACAACGGGAACACUGAAAUAAUUGGAUACAACAUUCAGAAAGCUGAUAAGAAGACCAUGGAGUGGUACACGGUCUAUGAGCAGUACAGACGUACCAACUGCGUGGCGUCUGACCUCAUCAUGGGGAAUGAGUAUGUCUUCCGUGUCUAUGCCAUUAAUGCGGUGGGCCUCAGUCAAGAACCCUGCAACUCAAACGACGGCGCCUACAUCCAGAAAACAGGUAUUGCAUACAAGCCUCCAAGCUACAAGGAACACGACUUCUCCGAGGCACCUAAGUUCACACACCCUCUAGUCAACCGUUCUGUCGUGGCGGGUUACAACGCCACCCUCAGUUGUUCGGUCCGGGGCAUACCAAAGCCCAAAGUGACCUGGUACAAAAACCGGAUGGACAUCACCAACGAAGCCAAGUACCGCAUGCUGAGUAAGCAAGGCGUGCUGACGCUGGAGAUCCGUAAGCCCUGUCCGUUUGACGGGGGCGUUUACAUGUGCAAAGCAGUCAACGACAGCGGAGAAGACAUUGUGGAGUGCAAGCUGGAGGUUCGCUCUCAAAUUGUCAAAGAGGAGAAGAAGUAAGAAGAGAGGGAUGCUGAAGUCGUGGCUGAAGAGACGUAACCUGGCCGGGUUUCCUUCAGGACUCGAA